AACCGAGUGUCGCCGUGCACAGCCAGACCCCGCCAGCCACGGCCGCGCGUGGCUCUGGGGACUCGCGCGGAGGCACGAUGCUCCUGGCCAGCGGGAUCGGCGAGGCUCCGGCAGUCCCGGGCUGCUCGGAGAGUGGUGACGAAAGGAAGACUACGGAGGAGAAAAGUGACAUAAAUGCUGGAGCUCCUGUUGGAAGUGAACAAGUCAGCGAAGGUACAGAUGAAGGUGAUCUUCUGUCUUAUGUGUCUGCUUUCAUAGAAAAGGAAGUUGGAAAUGACCUAAAAUCUUUAAAGAAGCUUGGGAAACUCAUAGAACGAAUGACAGAAAGUAAAGUAAAAUUAGAAGAGCAGGUACUUACAAUUUCAUCAGAAAUUCCUAAAAGAAUUCAGAGUGCCUUACAAAAUGCAGAAGAAUCAAAACAACUUCUUAAUCAGUUUCUGGAACAAGAAACUCAUCUCUUCAGUUCCAUUAGUAGCCACCUGCUGACCUCGCAGCCCUGGAUGGAUGAUCUUGGGGCCAUGAUUAGCCAAAUCGAAGAGAUUGAAAGGCAUCUUGCCUACCUUAAGUGGAUUUCACAAAUUGAAGAACUGAGUGAUAAUAUUCAGCAAUAUCUGAUGACCAACAAUGUGCCGGAGGCAGCCUCUACCCUGGUGGCCAUGACACAGCUGGAUAUCAAGCUUCGGGAAUCAUCGUGUGCACAUCUUCUUGGCUUCAUGAGAGCCACGGUUAAGUUCUGGCACAAGAUUCUCAAGGACAAGCUUACAAGUGAUUUUGAGGAGAUUUUAAUCCAGCUUCACUGGCCAUUCAUUGCACCUCCGCAGUCUCAGGCCGUGGCUGUGAACCGGCCUGCCAGCAGUCCUGAACUCUGUGGCAACCUGGAGACGCUGUUUUGUCAGCUGCUGAAACUACAAACCUCAGAUGAAUUACUUACUGAGCCAGAACAACUGCCAGAGAAAUACUGUCUCCCUGCGUCACCUCCUGUCAUCCUGCCCAUCCAGAUCAUGCUGAGUCCCCUCCAGAAGAGGUUCCGUUACCACUUCCGUGGCAACCGGCAGACUAAUGUCAUAAGCAAGCCCGAAUGGUACCUGGCUCAGGUACUCAUGUGGAUCGGAAACCACACUCAUUUUCUGGAUGAGAAGAUUCAGCCAAUAUUAGAUAAAGCAGGCUCUGCAGUAAAUGCACGGCUUGAAUUUUCUCGGGGCCUUACGAUGCUGGUUCUUGAGAAGUUGGCCUCAGAUAUCCCUUGUCUGCUGUAUGAUGACAAUCUCUUCUGUCACCUGGUGGACGAAGUGCUCCUGUUUGAAAGGGAGCUUCACAGUGCUCACGGCUACCCAAGCACUUUUGCCAACUGUAUGUACAUCCUGUGUGAGGAGACCUGUUUUCAGCGAUGGUUGACUGUAGAGAGAAAAUUUGCUCUUCAAAAAAUGGACUCGAUGCUUUCAUCAGAGGCGGCCUGGGUAUCCCAGUAUAAGGAUAUCACUGAUGUGGAUGAAAUGAAAGUUCCAGAUUGUGCAGAGACUUUUAUGACUCUACUCUUGGUUAUAACUGACAGGUAUAAAAACCUCCCUGCAGCCUCCCGGAAGCUGCAGUUCCUGGAGUUACAGAAGGACCUGGUGGAUGACUUCAGGAUACGGUUGACACAGGUGAUGAAGGAGGAGACCAGGGCCCCACUGGGCUUUCGGUACUGUGCAAUCCUCAAUGCUGUGAAUUACGUCUCGGUGGUGCUCGCAGACUGGGCUGACAACAUUUUUUUCCUGCAGCUUCAGCAGGCAGCGUUGGAGGUGCUGGCAGAGAGUGAUGCGCUCAGCAAGCUGCAGCUGGGACAGCUGGCCUCCAUGGAAAGCUCCGUCUUCGAUGACAUGGUCAACCUCUUAGAGCGCUUAAAGCACGACAUGCUGGCCCGUCAAGUAGACCACGCUUUUAGAGAAGUUAAAGAAGCUGCAAAGCUGUACAAGAAAGAAAGAUGGCUGUCCUUGCCAUCCCAGGCGGAACAGGCGGUGAUGUCACUGUCCAGCUCGGCUUGCCCAUUCUUGCUUACGUUACGGGACCGUUUGCUGCAACUGGAGCAGCAGCUGUGCUUCUCCUUAUUUAAAAUGUUCUGGCAGAUGCUGGUGGAGAAGCUGGAUGUGUACAUUUAUCAGGAAGUCAUUCUUGCUAAUCACUUCAACGAAGGCGGAGCAGUCCAGCUGCAGUUUGAUAUGACUCGGAAUCUCUUCCCCUUAUUUUCUCGCUAUUGCAAGAGGCCAGAAAAUUAUUUUAAACAUGUGAAAGAAGCCUGCAUUGUUCUGAAUUUGAACAUCGGCUCUGCAAUGCUUCUGAGAGACAUGUUGCGGACAGCUUCCGGUCAGCCUUCUGCCGUGGCAGCACUGAAUGAAGUUGGGAUUUAUAAAUUGGCUCAACGAGAUGUUGAGAUUUUACUUAACUUGAGGACAAACUGGCCUAACAUGGGAAAAUAAUGGGUCUUUCAGAAGAAGGUGGUUUUGGGGUUUUCUUUCUUUUUUUUUUUUUUUAAAGAAAAAGGCAGUUGGAUUUCAAGUUGUAUGAUGAAGUUGUGAAUUAAUGAAACUGGACAAAUGAAAACUUUUCAGAAUCAUUUAUUAGUGUGGAUUUUUUGGUGUCACUAAAAUGCCUUCCAUAUUUUCCAAGUCCUCAUGUUCCUAAGAAAAUCAAAAAACAGAAAACUCAGAAACUAUGAAAACUCAGAUUCCAUUUACAAAUAUAAUGGUGCAUUUGUGUGUUGAAAUGAAAUACAAAAGCAAAAAUAAAUUAUAUUCAACUUUUAGACUCCUGUGCUAAUUAAAGGAAUAUUAUAGAUAACCAAACAUGGCCAACAAAAUUUUUUAAGCUACUUAAGAAUACAGAGUUUCAGGCCGGGGAUGUAGCUCAGUAGUUCUGUGGCCAGCCUCACAAACACAAGGUCCUGAGUUUGAUUCCCGGUACCAAAAAGAAAAAAAGAAUGCAGUUUCUUGUAUCCAGGUUAGGAGUUCACUGUCUUUCUAUAAGAAAACAUGUUAAGAAAUGGUGGCUAAGAAAGGGCUCUACAGAAAUGUUCUUCCACUUAAAAUACUUCCUUGUUCCAUUUAGUUGAGUGGCAACCUUUCUCCUUCAAACGAAACAUUUAGGGCCACAGUC